GCGGCGGCGGCGAUGCCAGGCCGGGCGGAGCCGUCGGGGGGACGCGCGGCGGCGGGGCCGGUGGCCGUGCCCGUACCGGUAGUACCCGGGGCGGCGCCGAGACCGGGCGGCGCAGGGCUGCGGGCCAAGGGCUUCGCCAUCACCGACCUGCUGGGGCUGGAGGCCGAGCUGCAGCCGCCCCCCGGGCCUCUCCCUGCCGCCGCCGCCACCGCCGCUGGCUACGAGGGCGGCGGGGCGCUGGGGCUGGGGCUGGGGCUGCUGUGCGGCCUGGGCGGGCCGGCCACUCCGUGCUUGCUGCCCGCCCCGCUGCCGCUGCUGCCCGCCCGCGGCCCCCGCCCGCCCCCCGGGCCGCCGCCCGCCGCCCGGCGCCACAAGGAGAACAUCUCCGAUGAGGACAGCCUGUCUGGGGACGCAAGCGACCUGAAGAUGUCAGCCUCUCAGAUCAAGAGGAAGAAACGCCGGCACAGGACGGUGUUCACAGCUCACCAGCUGGAGGAGCUGGAGAAAGCGUUCAACGAAGCUCACUACCCCGACGUCUACGCCCGGGAGAUGCUGGCGGUGAAGACGGAGCUGCCCGAGGACAGGAUACAGGUUUGGUUUCAGAACCGAAGAGCCAAGUGGCGGAAGCGGGAGAAGUGCUGGGGCCGGAGCAGCGUGAUGGCAGAGUAUGGCCUCUACGGGGCCAUGGUGAGGCACUCCAUCCCUCUGCCCGAGUCCAUCAUCAACUCUGCCAAGAGCGGGCUGGUGGGAUCCUGUGCCCCCUGGCUGCUGGGCAUGCACAAGAAGUCCAUGGAGGUGAGCAGGAAGGCAGAGAGCCAAGAGAAGCUGGCAGAUGGCUGGCGAACGGAGCAGGAGGAAGAGGAACUAAAAGGGAAGCAGGCCAGUUCCCAGAGGGGCUCUGACAAGCUUGGCCCUGUGAAAGAUUCAGAGGACACAGCUAUUGACCUCUCCAGGACAGCCAAGCACGAGAAGAGGGGCGUGCUGAGGCAGUGCAUCAACGGGGAUGCUACAACAGAGCAGAAGGACAGGGACCACUGAGCUUGAGCUGCCCCAGAGGAGGCCAGACCUCACAGCUUCUUGGCAAGAUAAUACUAUUUAUUGAUUUAUGGAGAGAGAUAUAUAUUUCUUAAAUAAUUGAACUUUUAUCUGAAUUCAGGUCAUUUGAAAAGUGGGCACACACAUCCCCUUGUUCCCCUCACUUUCAAGCUGUUCACUUCUCAACAGAGCCAGGGCGGAGGGUGGCAGAGGUGUCCCAGCAGAGCCCAGAGCAGUGCGGGAAGGAGACCACAUUGUGGUCAGCUUGGGCUCACUGCUGGGGAAGAUCCUGGGCUGCCAAUGCUUCCCUGGCCAUCCAGGAGCACAGAGCAAGGAAUUUGGAUGCCUUCUCUGAGCACUUCCACCACUGCACUGUGCCUGUGUGGCAAGACCCUCCUCUUUGAACGUGCAGUUCUUCCACCUUGAGUUGCAGCAGGGUUUUUAAACACGGUGGGAUUCAUCCUAAAGCUGGUGUAACCUGACAGACACGCUGGUUUAUGCCUCCUGAGGAUCUGGCCUGCCAGUGCAGCCUUAUCACUGGAUUUACACUGUGGAGCUUCCUUAACUCGUAUGUGGGAGAAAGGGGUGAAGACAUUUUUGUUUAUGCAAUGAUUUUGUACAUGCUUGAAUGUUACUUGCCACACUAUGCAGAACAGAACAGACCUUUUUGAAAACCAAGCCAUAGCACCCCAGAGCAAGUAAACAAUUUUGUGAAUUGACAGGAGAAGAACAUAUUUUGUAAUUGUCUGUAAAAAAAAAAAACCCAAAGCCCAACAACACUGUGUUAAUGUCAGAGCUGUGUCUUGGCUGUCUUGUAUUUAUGUCUAAAAGCACUUUAGUGAUUGGGAAUUCUGAAUGUGGCUCUUCCUGGGUUUGUCCAUCGUUUAUUUAUUACACAGCCAGAAAUAAAGUUGUGGUGUACCUUUUGGUUUUCA